CGCAACGGGCUUAUUCAGGAACAAGACAAGGGAAGCGCACAAGCGCCCCUCUUCCCCUCUUCCCCUUCCUCAGUCUCAGUCACAUCAACCUCCUAUCGACCACGACUCCCCAUUCUCCUUCCCUUCCCCACCUCCAGAGAGAGAGAGGAGGAUGUCGUUCUUUUCCAGAAGAAGGCAGGCGAGUGAGGAGAAGUCACAGGCUCAGGCUCAGCAGGGGCAGGGGGAUAAUGCCAGGGAACGCGAAAGGGAGAGGGAGAGGAGCUUGGCAGAGAAGGAGAGGCAAGCGGCGGCGAUUAUGAAAAGCGAAAGGGGCGCUAGGCAGAACGGGACUCCCACGAACAAUGGGAAUGCCACGGGGAACGGGACUGCACGUCCCUAUCCUGCACGUCAAUCUUCUGCUCCCCUCUCUUCCGGGCCUUCCUCUGUCGUUAUCCCCAGCACAAGCGGCGCAGUCCCCCCACCCACCGCCAACGUCAACGUCAAUCCAGGCGCAGGAGGAGCAGGAGGGGGAGGAGGACCCACCUCCUCCCCCGCCCCUACAACCUCUACCUCGUCCUCCCGCACCCCCGUCUACCCCUGGACCGCAAGACGCCUCGAGUCCAAGCUCGUUCUCUUCCUCUCCCCUCCUCCCGGUCCACCCGCUCGCAGCCCACUCCCUUUCCCUCGCUAUGGGCACUCUCUGCCCUUAACAAGCAGUACAACGGGCGACUUAUUCCUCUUCGGCGGCCUAGUCGCAGAUUCAGUACGGAACGACCUGUACACUAUAAACGCCCGCGAGCUCAGUGCUACCCUUGUGGAGACGGUGGGGGAUGUACCGAGCCCCAGGGUGGGGCAUAAGAGUGCGCUUGUUAGUUCGGUACUGAUCGUUUGGGGCGGGGAUACGAAGAAGGAACAGGGGGAUGGGCUGGAUGAGAUGCUUUAUUUGCUUAAUCUGAACACCCGCGAAUGGCACCGCGUGCAAACGACUGGCCCCGCCCCCUCCGGCCGCUACGGGCACUCCGUAGCACUGUGCGAAAGCAAGUUCCUGGUAUUUGGGGGCCAGGUGGACGGGCAGUUUUUGGGGGAUUUGUGGAGUUUUGAUUUGAAUACUUUGAAGACUGGACCGAUGUGGGAGGCGCUGUAUCUCCCUCCCAACUCUCCUGCUAACGCCAACGCGCUCAACGCCGCUAACACUCUCGCUAACGCAUCCUCCCUCGCCAACGCGCUCGCACAACCCGACUCCCCCGACCCCCAAGCCCAGUCCCCCCCAGGCCCAGCGGCAAGAACCGGCCACUGUAUGGUCGUCUUUGGGCAAAAAGUGUACUUGUUCGGAGGAACGGACGGCGGGUUUCAUUAUAAUGAUGUGUGGGCGUUUGAUGUUAGGAUUAGGAGGUGGGAGGAGGUGAAGACUAUUGGAUACAUCCCCAGCCCGAGAGAAGGUCACGCCUGUGCGCUUGUGGAUGAUGUGAUGUAUGUUUUUGGAGGGAGGGGUGUGAAUGGGAAGGAUUUGGACGAUUUGGCCGCUUUUAAGAUUAGCACAUCCCGAUGGUUCAUCUUCCAGAACAUGGGUCCCGCCCCUACCGGCCGAUCAGGGCACGCAAUGGCCUCCUUCGGACAACGCGUUUUCGUCCUAGGUGGUGAAUCCAGCGCACUCACUCCCUCUCCUUCCGACCCAACCCAAUUCACCACUUCCCCCAAGUCCUCCCAGCCGGAUAUAAUCCAUGUUCUGGAUACGAAACACAUUAAGUACCCGGACCCGACCAAGCCGCCGAAUAUCCCUGUUAUGCCGGUGGGGGCGAAUGGAAGGCCUCUGGCUGUGGCGCAGCCGACGAGUUUCCCACCGUUGGCUAGUCAGGCGCCGCCGGGGUAUGCGGCCAGGGUUGGGGUUGAUCUGGGGAGGAGUAAGAGUCCGGAAGACGCGGGCAUGGGGCUAGGCGGGGUGGGGGUGGGGGUGGAGAGCCCUAGACCUGGGAGGAGCGCGCUGCCUGUCUUGCAGGGGAGCGUUUUGGGACAGCUGGGCAGAGGAGGGAGCUUUAAUGCUGGCACCGGCAGCCCGAAUCUGAAUGCGAACGGGAACCGCAAUGCCAACGCCAACGCGGAGAACGGCAGUGCCAACGGGAAUGCGAACGCGAGACAGUACAUGCGAGCUAUGUCACCCGAAGGAGCGGGGGCGUACCUUCCCCAGCCAGCUCAGCCUCAGCAGUUUGGCCAGCCCCAGCCUCAGGCCCAGCAGCCGCCUCAGUCCCAGCAACAGCCCCAGCAACAGAAGUUCAGGUCAGACCUCAUACGCGCCGUCUCGCCCCAAGCAGCAGCAACAGUGAGCGCAACGCUCGUCCAGCGAACGGCUAGUCCCUCUCAGUCUGCUGCCCAACCCGGUCAGCCAACUCAGGCUUCCCCUCAGCUUGCUCAGCAGUCUAUCCUCGCCCUUUCGGGGAGGAGCGUCACUCCUACCCUUGCGCGUUCUCCUACGCCUACAACGGGCGGCGCGGGUGCAGCUGCUGCAGCCGCAGCUACGGCGACAGCGACAGCGAGGAGCGUCCUCCCGGGUAUGAGGAGUUCGAGCCCGGAAGUGAGGACUAGUAUGAGGGCUGCGACUCCCCAGACUCAGAGGCCUUUGUCCCCCGUCACACCUGCUCCCGCCCCCGCCCCAACCACCGCCCCUGCCGCAAGUCCCGCGCUUGCGCCCACACCCUCACCUGUUGUCCAGGAUUCCAAGGAGCUAGAAUCCCUUCGCAGGCGAGAAGCGUGGUAUCGCCAAGUCGUAGAACGCGCUAUGCUAGCCGGGUUCGUCCCCCCCCCUACCGCCGCAUCCGAGGACGUUUCCCCUCCGGAAACCCGCGGUUCUCCAGAUCAAGACCAAGACCAAGCACAAGCGUCUCUCUGGCAAGAGAUGUGGACUCUCAAGCAGGAGAAAGCGCGUAUGCAGCAAGCGCUCGUUGAUGCUGCCCUCAAAGCGAGCGACAGGGUCGCACAAGCCGAAAGGGAGCAAACGGCCGCUCUACAGGAAACGGCGUAUUAUCGUGCUAAGCUCGGAGCGCACGAGGCUGGAAGCCCCACCGAACUCGCGAGGGUGGAGAGGGAUCGGGCUGCCCAGUUGGAGAUAGAUGUUGCUCAGCUCGAGGCGGAGCGAGUGAUGGUCGAGCGGAAACUGGCGGAGGUGAGCCAGCAGGCGGAGACGCAUAAACGGCUGAGGGAGCAAGCGGAGGCGCGUGCUGAGGAAGCGGCUAGAAGGGCCGAAGAGGCCGAAGAGAGUCAUGCGAGGAUCGGGAGGGAACACUUGGACCUCCAGUCGAGGCAUGCGACGGUCGACGCCCAGCUGCGGGACCAUUCUGAUAAAGUUGUUGGGCUGAGUGCCCAGCUUCAACAGAGGGAGAUGGACCACUCGCGGUUGCUUGACCAGCUCGAGGAUCUUAGGAACGAACAGGAUCAGCAUAGGCAGGCUUUGGAGCAGGCGCAGUUCGCCCUUGAGGCUGCUGGAAGUAGGGACGCUGAGACUCAAGAUCAGCUUGCUAGGGCUAACGAUCAGGUCGCUAUCCUCGAAAGCGAGCUUGCUCAUAUUCGCUCGGAGUAUGAAGCCAAGGAAUCGGAGAACGAACUUGCGACGAAACGGCUUGAAGAUGCCGAGAAUGGCUGGGCCAAGUCCCGGGAAGAAGCGGAUGCCCUGCGGGCGUUCACCACUGGUAAGUUGGGCGAACUGCUCGAUUCCCAGAAGAGCCGUAUGGAGGCUGUUGGGGAGAAUAACGCAGAGGGCGACGCGGAGCGAAUCAGGGUUAUGGAGAUGGAGGCGGCUAGCUUGCGGAAUAUGCUCAAGGAGGCGGGCAAGCGGGUUGACGAAGUCCAGACGAGCUUGGCCGAUCAUAGGAAGAGGGAGCUUGCGGUUAGUUCGGAGCAGAUGGCUCUCCGUUCUCAGCUCGACUCUUUGCGCUCUCAGUUGACCAGGGCUGUGGAGGAUGGAGGGUACCUUCGCUCUCAGCUCGCUGAAAAGGAUGCGGCGCUACUCGACCGCUCUCGCCAGGCUGCUGAGGCAGACGUCCGUACUGGUAUGCUCCGAAGCUACCUUGCCGACAACGGUAUCGCCAUCGAGGAGGAUGUCCUGAAUGGGAAGACGGACAGUUCCGUCGAGGCUCGCAUUCGGGAUCUGGAGAAUCGCCUUGCAGAGCGGGUCCGAAUGCACGAAGAUGCUGAGCGCAGCCUCCGCCAGACGCGUCAAAGAAAGGAUGACGCAGAGACUCAAGCAGCCACCUUGUCCCGUCAGCUCGAUCGUCUGCGCUCGACUCAGAGCCCGACCGUGCGCGGGUCGGACGAGGAGGGGAGCCCGCCUGGAAGCGCUGAAGGCCGGUUGAUCCAGGCGCAGCGGAAACAGGCCGAGGCUGAACAGCAGACUCGGGAACUGCAGACUAGGCUAGGUCAGCUUGAGCAUGACUAUUCAAUUGCGGUUCACUAUGUGAAGGGGACUGAGAAGAUGCUCCGCCGUCUCAAAGAUCAGGUCGCUAAGGAGAAGAAUAUCAGCGCUAGUCUCCAAGCUGAGCUGGAUGCGUCUCGUGGCGUGUCAGGAGGCGUUGCAGGCGCUCGAACACGCGCCGCCAACGGUCGGAGUACACCACUUUCCGACGAUGGCCAAAAUGAAACCCUCAAGCUUCAACUGCUUGAGUCCCAGCGAACUUCGCACCGCAUCGCGAGCGAAAAUCAAGACCUUCAACGUCGUCUUGAUGCCAUUCAAGUUGAACUCGAUCAGUACCGUGACAGGCUUGUGGCCUCUCAGCGCGAAUGCGACAAUCGCUUAACAAUGAAUGAAGAAUUAGAGGUGGAGAUUGACCGUUUGAGGGCGUCUUUGGAGGUUUCGCGUGGUGGCCAUCAAGAGACAAUGGCGGAGCAGCUUACGCGGGAGAACACUACCCUCAAGCGUGAGAACGAAAUGCUUCAUCACAAGAUUGGCCUUCUUCUUGAUGACCAGACAUAUUCUGCCACAGGCGAUCGCCCAUUGUCCACGGCAUCGCACCAUGACAGUGCAUCAAGCUCCGAGAACGCCCACGCCUUGGAAUCCCUCUCUCACGAACUUGACGACUGGCAACGAAGACUUGCAAGCAGGCCGAUGAGCAAUGACUUCGACGCCGACCCUUACCGCACGCACACGUUGCGAACAUAAGCUUGUUUAAAUCUCUUCCCUGAUAUCCUCACCUGUAAUUAUAUCAUGACUUCGAUGCGGAUGUCGUCCAUUCCUUGCGGGAUCACCACUUCUACGUUAUUUCGUGCAAUCUCAUUUAUAUACCCGUUCGUUCAUGUUCUUUGUUUCUUAUUGGUCCUGCUUCUUUCCAUCUCAGUUUAAUAUCUGGAUGUCUCCCUUUAGGUCACUCUGUACCGCUCUGGGUAUCAUAGCCUGCAUUAGCCCUGUGCAUAUGAUACCGAUCUUGAAUCACGAGUUGUUUUGCAU